AUGGAGAAAGAUCGUGCCGAGGUUGACUUGGGGGUCGCUGUUGAUGUAGAAGAGAAGUUCAAAGAGUCUGCUGCCCAGAGACAACCCAAAAGGCGUUUUGUAGGGCGACGACAAGCAGCAGAAGCUGCGUCCAAAAAUGGCUCGACCUCGAUCGAAGACAGCGGCGCCAUACAAGUCGCAACACCAAGAAGAAAUCCACGAACAUUGAAUCAAGUCCCUCCCGAAAUACUCAACGACGCGGAACUGAACGCAGCUAUCGCCCUUCUUCCUCCCAACUACUCCUUCGAAAUCCAUAAGACUGUUCAUCGCAUCAGAACUAAUGGUUCCAAAAAGGUCGCCCUGCAAAUGCCAGAAGGCCUGCUGCUUUUUGCGACGACCAUUUCGGAUAUCCUUACACAAUUCUGUCCUGGAAUCGAAACCCUGAUCAUGGGCGAUGUCACCUACGGCGCCUGCUGCAUAGACGAUUACACUGCACGAGCUCUCGGGUGCGAUCUUCUUGUACAUUACGCGCACUCAUGUCUUAUUCCCGUAGAUGUGACGAAGAUCAAGACUCUGUACGUUUUUGUGGAUAUUAGUAUCGAUACGACACAUCUGUUAGCCACCCUCGAGAAAAACUUUCCAUCCGGAAAAACUAUUGCAAUGGUGGGAACUAUCCAAUUCAACGCUACUCUACAUGGAGUCCGAGCACCUCUUGAGAAGGCAGGAUACAAGGUUCUGAUACCACAGAUUAUGCCACUGAGCAAAGGGGAAAUUCUUGGAUGUACUUCGCCACGUCUCAGUACUGACGGAGUCGACAUGAUUCUAUACCUUGGUGACGGAAGAUUCCAUUUAGAGAGCGCCAUGAUUCACAAUCCCUCAAUUCCAGCAUACCGGUAUGAUCCUUACUCGAGAAAGCUUACACGAGAAAUGUAUGACCACAAAGAAAUGCACACCUUGAGAAGAGACGCUAUCAAAUCUGCAAAGUCGGCGAAGAAAUGGGGUUUAAUUCUCGGAUCUUUGGGUCGCCAGGGAAACCCGCACACAAUGGCAUUGAUCGAAAAGAACCUACAAGAACAAGGCAUUCCAUUCAUCAACUUGCUGCUCAGCGAAAUAUUCCCAGGAAAGUUAGCAAUGAUGGAGGAUGUUGAAUGCUGGGUGCAAGUUGCAUGUCCUCGUCUAAGUAUAGACUGGGGAUAUGCCUUUCCUCGCCCACUUCUUACGCCCUACGAAGCUUUGAUUGUGUUAGGAGCAAAAGAUGAUUGGGCAAAAUCCAAUGAUGAUGUGUAUCCCAUGGACUACUACGGGAAAGAGGGCCUUGGGAGAACGAAAGAAGCGUUACCUAUUGCAGUGAAAGCUUGA